AUGCUAUACAGAAGAUUUAAACAACUGAACGGACACUUGCUGCAGAAGUACAGCAUACAAUCAGAAGAACAGCUCGACUGCGAAGUUUCGUCUGCGCUGAUUGUUACUUCUAAAACCUAUGUACCAAAAAGCUAUUGUGAACUACUUGACAGUGAGUUUCGUCUAUCAGCUCGUAGACAACGAUCAGAAUUACCGAAGAAACGCAAGAAUGUAUUAGAAGUGCAUGCAGAGGUGAUAUGUGUUGAUAACUUAUCGGUGGCUCAUUUACAGAAGAUACAUUCUUUAUUGGAAGACGUUUCUGGAGCCAUCAACGCUGGGUACGGUGUACAGAACAUAGCUGAAAUAACAAGUUGCUUUUUACAUAUUGUAAUCCUCAGUUAUAUAGUUGUGACAGACAUACUAGGAAAGGCAACACCUUGGUUUCAUGCAUCUAAACGGCAUUCUAUCACAGUGUUGUUGUCCUUACCGUGGGCAGCUCUGUCAGCUUUUAGAAUUGUCAGCAUAGUGUACAGCUGUGAGGUGGUGGCUCAGGAGGCCAACCACACGGAACAGCUGGUCAAUAAGCUGCUGCUGCUGGCGCCGAUGGCAGACAGAGGUCGCAGUACUGGUCUGCACAGUUUCGCCCAACAGCUGAACGACAGUGGGCUCAAGUACAGCGCGGCAGGACUGUUCCCCAUAGACCGGUCGCUGCUUGCGAGCUGUCUGGCCGCCAACGUCAACUACCUGGUAAUCCUCGUUCAGUUUGGGAUGUAA